UCGGUUCACUCUUCCAAAAAACGACCCGAACAAAAUUCUUCCCCUCUCUUAAGCAGACGCCGCUGCCGCCGCUGUCGCUCUACUUCCUCAUCGUCGAUCAACGAACCCGACCGCGACGACCCCAAAUCGGCAAUUCCUCUCAGGAUGAAGGAAAGAAGGAAAUGGGUGGCGGGAUCUCUGCCGACAAAGGUGUGCCGACAAUGCUUUGGCGACGGCGGUAACCUUACAACUAAGUUUUCGGUAAAGAGGAAGAGCAAACGACAGAAGAUGGAGAUGAUCUACGACGGAAACAUGUGGGAUUUGUUUCGUCAAUGUUUAAUUGUUUUUUGUAGGAUUAUUUAUCUUUUCAAUCGAUUGAGACCUCUACUUUUGUUCUGACGCAGUUUUGGAAAUGGACAGACCUGGGUAAGGUUCCUAAACCCAACUUUGUAUGACUUGGGAGAUCGAACCAAGUAAAAGACAAGAAAUAUGAUUCAUGGAUUUGAAAACAGC